AUGGACACGGUGCGCAGCGAGUACUCGGAGGGCAGCGUGACCUCCAGUCGCCUGGACGAUGGCAGCGGCACGGGGCGCGCGUCGCUUUCGUUUUCGCUGUCCAACUCGCACACAAGUCGCUUGUCCAUCGACAGCGCCUCGACCCGGUCCGACUACCUGGCCAACUACGAGCGCAGGUUGCUCGAGCGCAAGGCGUCCAAGCACAAGAAGUCCGAGAAGGCCAAGCGCGAGAAGGAGAAGGCCGACAGACAGCAAUUGUUCUCGGCCGACCAGAGGCGCAAGGCGGAGCGCGAGGCCGAACGACAAGCGCGACGACGGGAGAUGGAGACGUGGCUCACGGAUCCCAAUGAGCUGAAGCGAAUCGAACGGCGCUCGCAGAAGCGCAGUCGAGAUCGGAUGAGGGUCUUGAAGGAAUGGUACGAACCAGCCACGUCCGGGCCGCACCAAGAGGUCCAGCCAGUCUUCGUUCAGGCCAUGAACCAAGAGCACAACAACCAGGAGACAGCGCCAAAGACUCGAAACAGACUCGCCAAGCCUUUAUUAUCCAAAGGAGCUGCGGCGUUGAAGGACGAGCAAGAUCGAGAGGCGCUGGAGCUUGUAUUGCAGCGACAAUUGAGCGCCUUUACGACGAAACUCGAGUAUCUUGAGCAGUUUGCAGGUCCAGAGACUCCGAUUCGAGCCAAGACUCGCGCAGGACCGAGACGAAGACGCCGACUUGCGAGAGAAGACAUGCACUUGGCCCCUUUAGGCCCCGCACGCAGCAACUUGCAGGCUGCGAAGAGUGUGGCUACGCUGCCGUCGUAUUACGCUGGACGAGAUGACAGAAGACUGUCAACUUCGGCGUCGCUGCAGACGCUGCGCCCAACGUCUCGAGUUCAUGUCAAUGACGACGACACAGAGGACGCGCGAGACGACGCGGAGGUGGAGGAGUAUUUGAUGCGGCAUCGCAAGGUGGCGAGGCAGGCGUACGCGGUUGUAAAGCUACAGGCGACGUGGAGAAUGUACUUACGACGACGCAAGUAUCUGCCGUGGCGUCAACGGCGCACCCGCCAGCGUCGAGCGGUGUUCGAGAUCUGGGUCAUGACGUACCGCGUGGGCUACAAGGCUCAACGUUCACUGCUGCGUAAAUACUUCACCGCGUGGCGCGCGGACGUGGUGGAGGCUCUACAGCUACGAGAAAUGGAGCUGCAUCUCUUCCGGCAGGCAGCCACGCAGGCGGAGCUGCCGCGGAUGGUGCUCAACCUCGUCUUCACUUCGGACUGGGAGGAUGAACGAGCCAAGCGACUCGCAGCCAAAGCCACUGAAGCUGCCAAGAAGAAGGACAUUGCUCCUACGAGCAAGGCGGCGUUCCUGGGGGCGUUCCUCAGUGCUGCGUUCGGUGACGUCGAGUCUGCAUCGGAUAAAAGCCGCAGUCGCGUCCACCGUCUCCGUGUCCAGCAUAUUGCUGCGCGAGAGGAAGUCCGUAAGAAGGUUGUGCAGCACGUUUUCCGCCUCUGGAAGCGCGUGCACGAAGCCAAGAAGCGCGUGGGGCUCAACGCGCAGCUCUGUCUCAAGCGCGCAGUGCGGAUGGCGUUCGGGACGCGGCAGCGGUGGCCGGCGGAGACGCUGCUCGCAGUGUUUGAGAUCUGGUCUCGCUGGGCGACGUUCAAUCGGUGCAGACGCCUCGGUCUCCCGUUGCCGCGCUUCGCCCAGUCGAAUCCGCACUGGGAUAUCUGGCUGCACAACUAUCAGGAGCGUCAAGUUCGCUGCGUCAAAGCCGCCGCCAAAGCCCCAGGCGCACGACUACGACGGUAUUUCUUCCGCUUCCACGCCUUCGCCCAGCGCGUCAAGCCGAUCGCCGGUAGCGCAGCAGACAAGAAGCUCGUCAAGGGCGUCUUGCUGCGGUUCCAUCGCUACGCGUGCGCCAAGCGCAAGCUGAGACCCCUGAAGCUGGAGCUCCGACAACGACAGUGUCAGUGGUUAUCACGUCGCGCGUGGCGCGGCUGGAAGCGCGUGCAGCUCCACACGUGCUUCAAGCGCGAAUUGAACCUGUCACGCCUCGAGAACAGCCAAGUGUGGCGCUCUCGCCUUCACCGGACCCUCGAUAUCUGGCGAGACGAACGCGACUCUCUCGUGGUGUGCAGAGCCUUCGAGGCGUGGACGCAUUUCGUUCGCAAACGCAAGCUCUUCCUCACGCUGCGCAUGAUCUGCGCGCGCCAGCAGCGACGCAACCUCCUGUACAGCGUCUUCAACGCGUGGAAGGUAGCGAAAUGGGAUCGAGUUGAUGGGUUUCUAGAGGACCGACUGCGGCUGGAUGCUUGGGACGCGUAUCGAGAGCUCUCGAUCUUCUUCCCCAUGCUCUUCUACGGCAGCUUCUCGGACGCAGGAUCAAUCUUCGGAGGACUUCCAAGCUACACGUACGGGGGCAAUGCAGAUUUGCCUCACUUCAAGCAGCUCGACCAACGUGAGCUCAUACUCGCGACUUCCGGAGACGCGGUGCGCCAUUUCCACGGCGUUUUGGUGCGUGACAGCGUCGUGGAAGUCCGCAACGCCAUCUUACAGGCAAAACACUUGGUCAACGCCGUCGACGACGCGUCAGGCAGCACUGCGCUUCACGUUGCCGCGCAGAUCGAGGAGUCUGAGAGACGUAUAGAGAUUGUCUCUCUACUGUUGAGUGAAGGCGCGGCGACGCUGAAACGGGAGAAUCGCCACGGACUGUCCCCGAUUCAGCUGGCGCCUGAUGGUGACACCCGCUUCUUGCUGCGUGAAGGCAUCUUCGCCUUCCAUUCGCGUGGGAUAUUGAAAGGUGAAUCGAUACCGGAAGAGAGAGAAGACAGCCAGCGCUUGUUGUGGUGUAUGGUGACUCUGAUGUCACGUGAGUGGGGGAUCGGAACGCGGAUCCCCGCUGAUGUUCGCACUGGAGACUGGCACAGCUUUCUGGGUGAGGAGAAGUGGCUGAGGCAGACGCAGAUCCGCUUCUCGCCGUACUCGACGUUCGCUCCUGCUGUGACUCGCUCCAGGGGGUUCCUCAAUGCGCUCAAGACGCGCUUAUCGAGCCAGACCGGAGAGUACGAAGCCUAUGCGAGAUAUCUGUUAGCGUCUACGCUUGACACAGAGGCGUGUGAGCAGGAGCUUAUCCCAAGUUUCGUCGGGCUGCUCUACUCGCUCGACUUCACGUCGUAUGAAGUGCUGCAGCAGGCGUAUCGACUGGAGAAGGAGUGCACCGCGACGGAAGGCGCGUUGUGGGAGCUCUACCAACGCAUCCGAGCAGCUGAGAAAGCGUGGAGCGCAAUGACUGCAGGCUCAAACGAUACUACGAGCCGGAACGACGUCGGGAUGAUGCGGCUCCUCUCGGACGACGCAGACGCCGACCUUUUCUUCCGGAGAGAGAUUUUUCUGCUGGAGUUC